UACGGUGUUUUAGCAUUUAACUAUAACUAUUUACCACAGAGUUAGGAGACUAAGAGAGCGACACGUGUUAAAUAUUUCAUUUUGGAUGUUGUGAUUGACACCAGUCUAGUACCACUGCAGGUGAAUAGCUUACUCGCGCAUGCGUGGAGAAGAUCAGGAAAUUAUUAACGUACACAGCUGACACAGUGAAAAUCCUCGUAUAAUGGUUCUCGCUUAGGUUUUAAAGAACAAGAACUUAUUCAACCGUGUUUUAUGGCCGUGUAUUUGCAAUUCCUCGACGCGGUUGGAGUUAUCAGCGAAAUUCGACGACGUUCGUUAAGACAAUGAAAAGAGCAGCACAKAACUCGAAGAAAAACGUAUUUAAAAAACGCCUACGAGACAACUGAACAAUUAGGCAAUCAUAAUCAAGAUUUGCCCUUAUAAUACUUCAAACUCAGACAAGAAUUUCCCUACAAACGGUUAAUCUAGGACAAUAGAAAUAAGUGGACGACUAUGGCAGGGAUUCUUCGACGUGUUUUUCGUAGAAAGAGAGACAAUCAAGUAAAUAGUCAUUBUGGUAGUGAAUUAUCUACUUGUCUAUCAACAUGGGAUUUGACAUCGCUGGGUAUUGGAGCCACUUUAGGUGCAGGCACGUAUGUAGUGACUGGACAAGUAGCUGCAAGUAUCGCGGGCCCGGCUGURGUCRUAUCUUUCUCAAUAGCAGCAUUUGCGUCCAUUCUUUCGGGUCUUUGUUAUGCUGAAUUUGGUGCCCGCGUACCUAAAACUACUGGGUCAGCGUACGCAUACAGUUAUCACACUGUAGGUGAGAUAUGGGCGUUCUUCAUUGGCUGGAACUUGAUUCUAGAAUACAUGAUUGGGACAGCGGCUGAUGCUCGAGCGUUGAGCGGAUGUUUCGAUUUUGUCAUUGGUUACGCCAUAAGGAACUUCACCAUUACAAACAUCGGAGAGAUSCAUAGUGAUUGGUUGAGCAGCUACCCGGAUGUGAUGUCAUUUGGGGUGACGAUAAUAGUAACACUAGUACUCGCUGCAGGAGUCAAGCAGUCUUCUUCUUUCACCACGUUAUUCAACAUCUUGAACAUCCUGGUUGUGCUAUUCAUCAUAGUCUGUGGACUGUUCUUCGUCGACAUCAAGAACUGGACAGGAGGCCGCGGCUUCUUCCCGUUUGGUGGUUCUGGCGUACUCAGCGGUGCGGCAACAUGUUUCUACGCAUUUGUGGGGUUUGACAUCAUAGCUACUACAGGAGAAGAGGCGAAGAAUGCUCCYAAGUCUAUUCCCAUCGCUAUCGUGGUAUCUUUAAUCGUGGUAUUCGUAUGCUACUUCGGUGUGUCAUCUGUAUUGACUCUCAUGGUUCCUUUUGAUCAACUCGACAAGAUAUCUCCUAUACCCAAUGCAUUUGCGCAAGUGGGAGUACCCGCUGCCCAGUACAUCAUAGGAAUUGGCGCCGUGUGUGGUCUUGCAGCGAGUCUCCUAGGCUCAUUAUUUCCUCUUCCAAGAAUCAUUUAUUCAAUGUCUGUAGAUGGUCUUCUAUUUAGGUGCUUAUCAAAAGUGAAUCCUCGUACAGAGAUCCCUGUAAUUGCUACCAUCUAUCCUGGGAUCAUUACCGCAGUCUUCGCCUUGCUUUUCGACCUGAAGGAACUCGUUGAGAUGAUGUCUAUAGGGACGUUAUUAGCAUACACCCUAGUGUCCCUCUGUGUUUUGAUACUACGUUACCAGCCCCCAGUAGAUAUUGAUCCUGAAGAAUCGUACCUUUUCAACGACUUCAACAACCACCUCGCCUUUGGAGAUGUGACAGAAGAUUUUGAUGAAUUCGAGUACGAGUUAGUUAAAGAAGGAGAAAAACUGAUGGCUCAAGACUUAGAUACGAGUGAAGAUGACUUCUUGAAAGAUAAAAAACAUCUUCAAAAUAAACGAAGAAAAGGAAGCACCCAGAACAAACCACCAAGAACUAGCACCAGGCUACCAACCAAAGAAAGCGGCCGGCUAGUCACUUGGGCAGUCACGUCAUUAUUCGUCUGGUUCUUUGGCUUCUGUAGUCUAACCAUUUUCGGCAUUGAUCAGAUUCUCAAGUAUAACAUCCCUGUUCUAGGGCUGACAGUUUUGUUUGGUGUUCUGAGCUUCGUGUCCAUUGGGGUCAUCGUGUCACAGCCUCAGAAUCCAACGCRUAUUUCCUUCAAGGCUCCCUUGGUGCCUGGGCUGCCUAUUCUCUCCAUAUUCUUCAAUGUGUUUUUGAUGUUGAAAUUGUCUCGCUUGACUUGGAUUCGUUUUGGCGUGUGGAUGGCACUUGGUUCUUUACUGUAUUUCGGUUAUGGCAUAUGGAACAGCAAGGAAGGAAUCAUGCAAGCCAAGGAAAAACAAAACGAAAAACAGCCUCUCCUGAGCGACACGUUGGAUGAAGUAGACAUCCAGUAUGACAUGGAGAUCAUCCCUGCACACAGGGACGACUGGGAUAGGGACUCCUUGGACGAGGAGAAGUUCGAAGCUGUAUGAAUCUCCUCAAUAACCAUGCAAGUGAGGUACCUCCUAAGAAAUAAGCAUCCCGUUAACCGGGGGGGGGGGAGUAGCAUUACGCAAAUACCCCUACCCCUAUGGGGAACAUACGAUAAACAGUGUUCGCUACACUAUUUUGUAGGCAUUAAAUAUAUUAUCUUUACGAGAGUGGUCAAGUAAAGUUUAUACUAUGUAGGGAUAGUCUAAACUUUCAGAGGAAGGGUUUGCUAUGGUAAUAGAAAUUGGAAUGAAAAUGGAAAAACGAAUGGGAAUAAA